CGCGCCGCGGGGAUAAAACGCGUUGGCACCUUUGCUCGUCCCCGCUCUCACGCGCUCCCCGGAGGACAGACAGACGGACAGACAGACAGAGGCGCCUUCACAAACGUGAGGACUAGACCACGUCAGACAAAAUGGUGAAGAUUGGCAUCAACGGAUUCGGACGUAUUGGCCGCCUGGUGACCCGUGCCGCCGCCAAGGGUGGCAAGGUCGAGGUUGUGGCCAUCAACGACCCCUUCAUCGACCUGGACUACAUGGUCUACAUGUUCAAGUACGACUCCACCCACGGCAUGUGGAAGCACGGCGAGGUGAAGGCCGAGGGCGGCAAGCUGGUCAUCGGCAACAUGCACAUCACCGUCUUCCACGAGCGGGACCCCGCCAGCAUCAAGUGGGGCGACGCUGGCGUUGACUACGUUGUCGAGUCCACCGGCGUCUUCACCACCAUCGAGAAAGCCGCUGCUCACCUGAAGGGCGGCGCCAAGCGGGUGGUGAUCUCCGCCCCCAGCGCCGACGCCCCCAUGUUCGUCAUGGGCGUCAACCACGAGAAGUACGACAAGUCCAUGAAGGUCGUCAGCAACGCCUCCUGCACAACCAACUGCCUGGCUCCCCUCGCCAAGGUCGUCAACGACAACUUCGGCAUCAUCGAGGGUCUCAUGAGCACAGUCCACUCCGUCACCGCCACGCAGAAGACGGUCGACGGCCCCUCCGGGAAGAUGUGGAGGGAUGGACGCGGCGCCUCCCAGAACAUCAUCCCCGCCUCCACCGGCGCCGCCAAGGCCGUGGGCAAGGUGGUCCCCGAGCUGAACGGUAAACUGACCGGUAUGGCUUUCCGUGUCCCCACCCCCAACGUCUCUGUUGUUGACCUGACUGUCCGCCUGGAGAAGCCCGCCAAAUACGAUGACAUCAAGAAGGUCAUCAAGGCCGCCUCUGAGGGACCCAUGAAGGGAAUUCUGGGAUACACAGAGGACCAGGUCGUGUCCACAGACUUCAACAGCGACUCUCACUCCUCCAUCUUCGACGCCGGCGCUGGCAUCGCUCUCAACGACCACUUCGUCAAGCUGGUUUCAUGGUACGACAACGAGUUCGGCUACAGCAACCGCGUGUGCGACCUGGUCCAGCACAUGUUCUCCAAGGAGUGACGGGUCUCUCACCACGCCUCUUUUUCCCCCAUGAUGCAUUAUUCCAUCCUAUAAUUCCUCUUCCUUUCACCUGGACCUGGAUGCUGCGUCCUUCGUCCGUCCGCUCGGGAACAAACCCUCAGACGUCGAGCUAGUAGCCUCUUCUUCUUUUUAUAAGAUAAAUCACCUCUGCUCUGUUCUGACAGUGAGGGCUGGAAUAGGUUUUUGCUGCCUGUGUUCAGAUUGUCAAUCACUGAGCUCUUGCUGUACUGAUUUGGUCUUGUUGCACUCCACGUGAUAAUAAAGUCCUCCGUUUGUGGAAA